AUGUCUGCCGCCCAUCGCAUUGUCGCUCGCACAAAUGGCUUGGCCGCCAGACGUUUCCUAUCGACGACAUCCACAUCACGGAUCUCCACCUCCUCGCUCGGCCUCUCACGACAACCCACCUCCCUUCUCGGCAUCCCACGACAGCCCACUACACGCCAUGGCCCCCUCACAAGAUCGGCUUUCGGCCGCCAACACUUUGUCCGGGAACACCUCUCUCGUCAACUCAUCCACAAGCGUGGAUACACCUCCGGCGACAUAGGCGACUUAAUAGGUGGGAUAGUGAAGCUAAGCCAAUACAAGUUCAUGCGCAGAGUCGCAGGCGUCCUGGUGCUGGCCACAGCAUGCGUGCUCGGAGGCUCGUUCUUGGUAGCUCAUCAAAUCAUGGCGAGAGUGAAAGAGAUACCAGCCAGACUACAUGCUGCUUGGCGGCGUAGGCUUGCUGCGGUCUCUGCUCGUUGUACAAGUGUUUUCUCGGCGUUCUCCUCAAGGGCGAAAGACGGAUGGGGGAAGUUGAAGAGUUAUGGUAGCCGUGCAAAGGCUUCUCGGGGAAGUACGGGCGGGACUGGCGAUGGUGUCCUCGGUGCUAAUGGGAAGACUGAAAACGGGAAAGCCGGUGAAGGGGGAAGUGCUGAUGAGAAAGGUGCUUGGAGGAAAGGAUGGUUGAAUAAGAAAGGUGCCGACAAGAAAGCCGUUGGGAAGAAACUAGUCGAUGGUGCAAAAGGGCUGGCGGAGAAGAAGCGAUAG